AUGCGGACAAGUGCGGAACGGGCAGACGUCAUAGGGGGGAAGAGAAACCAGGGGAAGCAAUGGAAAGAAAGGAGUGUGAGUAAAGAAAGCGGAGAAUCGACGAUGACCGCGUCGAGGCAGAGCACGCGGAUUGUGGUCACGAAGAGAGAGAGGAAGAGCGGGGAAGAGGACGGGGGGAUGUCGAUGGUGAAGGAUGCCACAAGAAUAGGAUUGAGGCAGAGUUGGCCUGCCGUGAGGUGCGGGACUGAUGAUGUGCAAGAAGGAGCGGACAGGAGAGGGAGAAAGAUACGCUGGCUGGAAAGGCCGCUGAUGACUUACUGGGACAAACAAUACGGGCGAGAAAGGCUGGUCCUCGAAGCGACAGAUGAAGUGGGGCCCGGUCGGAAGCGGGUAGUGCGAUCGAUUGAAAUGCAAGACGAGCAAGAGACUGUGUCGCGAUUCGGAAGGCUUAACGCGUGA